AUGGCCAGGGGGCGGCUGAUCAGGAUGGGGGCACAGGAGAGGCGGCGGCUCGGUCCCAGACGCCUUCUCUGGACUCGCUUUGUCUUCCUCCUGGGACUGCUGCUUGUCAUUUCCCUGUACCAGCACCUGCGGAGUCCCCAGGGCCUCCCCUCACUGUGGGGGGUGGUCUCUUCGCUACUCCCUGUAAAACUGGCCAGCCGGGACCUCGCUAGGAAGGAGGUGAUGGAGAGCAGAGUGGACAAAGUGGCCUCGUCCACUCUCUGGAGGGGCCUGGGUCCCACCCCCACUCCCCUGGACAGUGACAGAGAAACAAACUCCUUGACUGCUCUGAGGAGUGCGAGUGGCAGAGACGUCCUGGCGAGGGUGGGCAGUAGCAGUGCAGCUGUCCCCCCGGGGCUCCUGGGGGAGACCAGCCCCACAAACCCCCAGGGAAGUGUCUCAGCGGACACCCCAGCCAGCGCCGGGCCCCCGGGGGCCUCAGACACCAAGUCAAGCAGCAGCCCCGGAGGAGCCAAGGCCUCUCCUGCGGCCCCGCAAGCUGGGGACCCCUUAUCCAGAACCAGUGCCCCAGCCCUCGGCGCACCCCUGACCACCUCCUGGGGGUCGGCGAAGAAAUCCCCACCUGCACCCCACACCUCAGCGACGGUCCCCAGCAGGCCCAGCCCAGUCACUCGGGUCCACGGCUGUGCAGUGCCGGAGCCAGCCCCCGCCGUGCCCACUGCCCGCUACCCCGGCCACCUCCAGCCCACUCCCUCGGGCUCGCCCGCCAGCCAGCCAGCCCACCCCCCUCAGGGAGAGUACCCCCCAGACCUGUUCAGCGUGGAGGAGCGGCGUCAGGGCUGGCUGGCGCUGCACGUCUUUGGCAUGACCUACGUGUUCGUGGCGUUGGCGAUCGUGUGCGACGAGUACUUCGUGCCGGCUCUGGGAGUCAUCACGGAGAAGCUGCGCAUCUCGGAGGACGUGGCGGGCGCCACGUUCAUGGCUGCCGGGGGCUCGGCCCCAGAGCUCUUCACCUCGCUCAUCGGGGUCUUCAUCUCCCACAGCAACGUGGGCAUUGGCACCAUCGUGGGCUCGGCCGUGUUCAACAUCCUCUUCGUCAUUGGCACCUGCUCCCUCUUCUCCCGCGAGAUCCUCCACCUCACCUGGUGGCCCUUGUUCCGAGACGUCUCCUUCUACAUCCUGGACCUGCUGCUGCUCAUCGCCUUCUUCCUGGACAGCCUCAUCGCCUGGUGGGAGAGCCUGCUGCUGCUGCUGGCCUACGCCGCCUACGUGUUCGCCAUGAAGUGGAACCGGCCGCUGGAGCACUGGGUGAAGGAGCAGCUCAACACGAGGCCCGAGGCCAGGGUCAGGGCCCUCGAGGAUCUCGGCAAGCUGCCGCCCGUGUCCCUGCUCACCCGUGAGAGCAGCUCCGCGUCUCUGCACAACAGCACCAUCCGCAGCUCCAUCUUCUGGCUCAUGCUGCACAGCCUGGACCCUCUGGGGGCAGCCAGCGCCCCCAAGGACAGGGGGCCGGAGAGCUCGAAUCACAAGGCCCAGGCCGAGCCCCCAGCUGAGAACAAACCAGAAGAGGAGAAGGAGCCGGCCACGCUCCCUGCAGCCCCGGCCACACCAGACCCAGCGCCGGGCACCACGGGCCAUGAGGAGAGGGACCCUGGCUGGCAGGAAGAUGAGGCGGGAGCUGAGGAUGCAGACCAAGUGCCCGCGGAGGAUGGGGCCGGGGAAGGCGCUGCAGGUGCCUCGGAAGACGAACACCACGGCAGCAAAGCCCAGCGCAAUGAGAAAGGUACAGACGGUGAAGGGGGCGGUGAUGGAGGUGACAGCGCCAAGGAGGAGGAAGAUGGGGAGGAGGAAGAAGAAGAGGAGGAAGAGGAGGAGGAGGAGGAGGAAGAGGAGGAAGAGGAGGAGGAGGAGCUGGAGGAGCCACUGUCCCUGGAGUGGCCCGAGGGCAGGCAGAAGCAGGCCCUGUACCUCUUCCUCCUGCCCAUCGUGCUCCCGCUGUGGCUGACGGUGCCCGACGUGCGGAGGCCGGAGUCUAAAAAGCUGUUUGUCAUCACCUUCCUGGGAUCCAUCCUGUGGAUCGCCAUGUUCUCGUACCUCAUGGUAUGGUGGGCGCACCAGGUGGGCGAGACCAUCGGGAUCUCUGAAGAGAUCAUGGGCUUGACAAUUCUAGCCGCUGGCACGUCAAUUCCUGACCUCAUCACCAGUGUCAUCGUUGCUCGGAAGGGCCUGGGAGACAUGGCCGUGUCCAGCUCGGUGGGCAGUAACAUAUUCGACAUCACUGUGGGCUUGCCCAUCCCUUGGUUGCUCUUCUCAUUGAUCAAUGGCCUCCAGCCCGUUCCAGUCAGCAGCAACGGCUUGUUCUGUGCGAUUGUGUUACUUUUCCUCAUGCUGCUGUUUGUGAUCUCUUCGAUCGCAUCGUGCAAGUGGAGAAUGAACAAGAUCCUGGGCUUCACCAUGUUCCUCCUCUACUUUGCAUUCCUGAUCAUCAGUGUGAUGCUGGAGGAUCGGAUCAUUUCCUGUCCUGUAUCUGUCUGACUUCAGCCACUGUGGCUCACCCUGGACAGGGACCGACAAAAUCAUGCUGGGAGACGCCGCAUCUUGUUCAUGAAUAAAACAAAGAUUCAGAGCUUGAGCCACCUGGCAGAGAGCCUGACAGGAAGGUUAUCUGGAAGGAUAACUGGUCUCCGACACACUGGCAGCUCACUGUGGGCUGGGAUGCUCAUUUGGACAGUAGCUCAGGGAGGCUGGCAGGAGGCGGCGGAGGGUUUUCUCAAGGACAGACACCUGGGGGUGAAGGUGAGGGCUGGGGCCAGUGCAGUGACGUUAAAACAAGCCUCCCCACCCCCUCCCCGUUCCCUGGUGGUUCCCAAGAGCUGUUGUUCUCAUGGAUUCAGAUGCAAUCUAUAACCUACUCCCCAGAGCCCUUUCCUGCACCUGCCUCUUGCCAUCAUUAUAGAUUCAGCCACGGGUGAGUUCAAGAAGCUGAAGCUGAAGGUAGAGAGAGCGAGCACGGAGGGUAAGGCACUUACUUUGCAAGCGGCUGGCCCGGGUUCGAUUCCCGGCACCCCACAGGGUCCCCUGAACACCACCAGGAGUGGUUCCUGAACACAGAUCCAGGAGUGAGCCCAGUGGGGUGUGGCCCCAAGACCAAAUACAAUGAGGAGCCGAGGGCAGAGGAAAAACAGUCUAACAGGAAUAAAGUAGCACUGCAUCUAACAGCCUGCUACAACACAUGCUAAUAUUUUGUAGCUUAAUACAUUAGCUGUUGCAUUUCUGAAAAGUGAAAUGAAAAUAAGGAGUCCCACAAAUUAAAAUGAGUAACUUGCCAUUUAAUUGAAAGGCAAGAAUAUCGGGGAAAUAAAACUAUUCUAAGGACUAUUUGAAAAGUGGGGCCAUAGAAAACCCACUGGUGGUGUUGUCUAGCGGUCACUGAAGGGACAGGAGAUGCUCCCACAGCAGUGCAGGCUCUGUCCCCCACACACACUGUCCUCUACAAGUGACAGUUGCCACCAGCCAGGGAGAAGGAAGUGAUUUCAGAAAGAUUCCAGGAGCCUUGGGGCUGGAGUGAUGGGACAGCAUGUGGAGCACUGGCCUUGCAGACAACCGACCUGGGUUUGAUCCCCGGCAUCCCAUAUGGGUCUUCUGAGCCCUAUGCCCAUGAGUAAGUCCUGGGCUUUGCUGGGUGUAACCCAAUACAAAAGUCCAAGGGCCAGAGAAAGCUCGACAGGCGAAGGGCAGGCUUGGGUUCCAGCCCCAGCACCCCUGGCAAUGACCCCCAAGCACAGAGUUGGGAGGAGGCCAAGAAACAGACCACAGGAAAGAGUGCAAGGUCAGUAGAACCGAAUAAGCUUCUAAAGUAAGAGAUCCCUAAGGGCACGACUGAAUUUGUAUGUAAGCCUGCAUACAAAUUAUGAGGACUGAUUUUUAUUUAUUUAUUUAUGCUUUUUGGGUCACACCCGGCGAUGCACAGGGGUUAUUCCUGGCUCUGCACUCAGGAAUCAUUCCUGGCAAUGCUCAGGGGACCAUAUGGGAUGCUGGGAAUCGAACCCGGGUCGGCCACGUGCAAGGCAAACGCCCUACCCGCUGUGCUAUCGCUCCAGCCCCAUGAGGACUGAUUUCUAGUAUGACUUACAAGGGGCUCUGAAGACAAUGAUCAGGGAGCCGUUUCUAAAAUGCUCAACGGCACAGUAACAAAAGGGUGAGAAGUGUGGCUCCCUCUGAGGACAGUAAAGGAUACCUGUCUUACCCCAACAACCCAAAAAGGAAACAUUUCAGGUUGGAUUUUCAACGCCUGUUUAUUCAAUCUGCUGUACACGGCUUUGCCUUGCACUCGGUGGCGCGAGAGGGACACUGGAGAUGGAAGAAUGGAAGAAUGCGGUUGCUAGUUUUGAAGCCAAAGGGGCUCGCCUGUCGUAGAGGACUAGGGAAGGUAAUGGCUUUAAUCUCACACUCGAGGGUUUUCACGGAAGACCAGGAGAGGGCAGGGCCCAUGGGACAUGGAAGAAACGAACCGAACCUUUCGCCGUGGAAGCCUCCGGCCCGGGAUCCAUCCCUUACUAUGGUGACUAACUGACCAGCCUCACUUCCCCGGGAUCCCCACUCUUUGGAAAUGACAGUUAUUAAACCUCAAUAAAUUCCGAGCCACAAUGGUAUUUGCUUUUACAAAUGUGGAUGGGUUCAUCCAUGGCGUUCGGACUCUUGGUUGGAUGGCGCAGGACCGGGGAGCCUGGAAUUGGGUUCAGAUUCCAUGUCUGUCAGCUGGUUACCCUCAUUCCUGAUGCCGCACUCCUCAUUCCACACGCCACGGACAUUAGAUCAGUAGUUUAUGGCCUCAUUAAGCGGCCUCACUCCUCAGUUGCUGUAGGGAAGAGCACUGGAAUAGGGGCAGCCAGUGAGGUGCCACACCAAGGCCAGCUGGCACCAGCGUUUUGGUGUUUCCCUUUGUUCUCUGCUCAGGCCCUGGCAUAAGGUUCCAAUGAAACCUUCUAAUAAACCAGCAGGUGGUUUUAGAGCUUUAAAGUAAAAGCUUCCCCCACUCCAAUCCCAUCAGAAAAAUAUAAACGUAUAAAGGAAGAAAAAAAAUUGAAUAUGAAGGGAGUGGGUGUGGCUCAGUG